CUUCCUUCCAUCUUUCGUGCAUAUCUACUGUACACUCCCCGCAUCACCCUCCCCGCCAUGUCAUCAGCAAGAGGAUCCUUCUCUGCGCCUGCGCAGGUCCACGAGUUCGAUGGAGUCCUCUCUGACUUUGACGGCACAAUUAUCGAUUCCACAGAUGCAAUUGUGAAGCAUUGGCACGAAAUCGGCACCGAGCUAGGUGUCGACCCCAAGACUAUCCUGGCGACCUCUCAUGGCCGCCGCAGCAUUGACACUAUGGCACUAUACGACCAAACCAAGGCCAACUGGGAUUACGUAAACCACGUCGAAGGCCAAAUCCCCAAGAAAUACGGCUCAGACGCUGUCGAAAUCCCAGGCGGCCGCAACCUCCUCUCAGCUCUGGAAACCACCAACGCACGCUGGGGCGUAGUAACAUCCGGCACGCGCGCGCUGAUCGACGGCUGGCUGGAAGUUCUCGGCCUCACACACCCGAAGAUGCUAGUAGUCGCCGAAGACGUGCCACUAGGCAAACCCGACCCCCGCUGCUACCUCCUCGGCGCGAAGAAGCUUGGGCUCGAAGAGUCCAAGUCUAUUGUUGUGCUUGAGGAUGCGCCGUCUGGUAUUAAGGCUGGUAAGGGGGCUGGGUAUAAGGUUAUUGCGUUAAGUACUACGCAUUCGCUGGAGAAGUUGAAGGAGGCUGGUGCGGAUUGGAUUGUGCAGGAUUUGAGGAGUCUUUCUGUUGUUAGUGUUGAGGGUGGGAAGGUCAAGAUUGAAAUCCGGGAUGCCUUGCAAUAGGCUUAGGCUUUGCCUUGCAUUGGGAUGUAUGAUUGACUUUGGGUUUUCGCGGUUGAGGUUGGUGGUUGGCAUGGGCUGCAUGGGGACAGGGGUUGUGCAGGCCGCGUCUCAACGGGUUUUUCGGAGUUGGGUUACACGACAUAGAACAGGUCUUUGAUCUAGAUAAACGUGCGCUACAUACCGGUUUGUUACAGGGUACAUUUCCAUUUCUCAGGUGUGAU